AUGGGAAAUCAGUUCCACUCAAAAUUCAUGGGAAUCAUUUUCCCUUCUCAGUUCCCAACUGUGGGAGUCGUUCGCGCCCUCAGUCUCGCGCCUCUUUCAUCACCAAGAAACGAAGAGACGAAGCUUUCGUUCGGCAAUCAGCCUUCUCUUUCCCAAGUAAUCGAAGAUGAUGGGAGAGAAUAUCUAGAUGUCUAUGAACCCAAUCAAUAUCAUAGAAAGCAUGACAUGCUUGUUCUGAGGUUUCAAAUCCUGCAUUCUCUAGGGAUAGCUAUGAAUGUUGUAGGAAAUCUGUCGGAGCAACCAAAUUCCAAAGAGUUCGGAGGACUGUAGGUUGUAGUAGCAGAUGAUGAUAAUUUAAAAAGGGAUGUGACCACUAAAUUGCUCCAGAACUUGGUUCUCAAGUCCAGAAGAAACACUACCUGGUUUGAUUGCUUGAUUAGACUUUCCAUUGCUCAGAUUUCAUAUUGUUGUUUUCGAUCUCCACACGCCUGAUUGGUGUUCUGGAUCUUCGCAUGCUUGAAAACCCAUGGUAGGUUGGUGAAUGUUUGAAUUUUUAUGAUAUUCUUUUUAUUUUAAAAGGCAAGGAUAUUAUGGGAACAUUGAUAUAUUUUUACUUUCCUUUCCUACACCAACCAAACAUCAGAAAGGAAAUCAAAUGAUCUUUCCUGAAUACUUUCCAUGUUUUACCAAACACAGGAAAGGAAACUUGACAGGAAUGUUACUUUCCCAUCCUCAUGGAAAAGACAAUGGAAUUGAUUUUCCUUCCAUAAACCAAACGAGGCCUAAAGGAACCCAGAAGAAAUAGAAGUGUCGGUCACACGAUGAUUAUUAUAAGGAAGACGUCUUCACAUGUUCAUCUCUGAGUUUGUCCAUUUUCUUUUUUUGUUUCUGAAAAUGUCAUCAAAGCAACCUCGUGACCAAAUUUCAGGUACC